UCUUGAUCAGUAUAUGAAACCAACAGUUUAAUGUUUCAACUCAAGUUCCGUUCCAUAGUCCUGUAUCAGAGGCUGAUAUCGCCUUCCGUGAAGAUCUGCUUUGUACACACACGUUAUAUUCGAGGUCCAAUCAAGGCUGAGUAGACGACGGGGUGUUCAAUGUAGAUUCCCUGUUGGUGAACUAUAUAUGCAUCUAAUUUAUUACAGGCGAGAUAUACCUGUAACAUGCAGUAUCCAAGCUGCUCGACCGCCAACACCUGAUGGCGAGGUAGACGAAUUAUCUGAAUAUUUUGCUCAUUUCGUGCGAGUCGACCUUAAGAUGUCUUCGUUAGCCGAGUCGAUGUAUGUCUAA